AAAGAAUUUAGUUCAGUUUGGAUGAGAAGGAAGAUCAACACAGCUCUGCAGGUUUAUUAAUGCUCACCAGCCCUGACAAACACUUCAAAGAAGAUGAAUAACCGUUCUGUUGCUAUUAAUGGCAGUGAUAGCCCAGCCUGCGCCAACGGCAGCUACACUAAGCGUGGCCAGCUGAGUGAAAAAGUCUCUGAAGCUAAUCUCGUACGUCUCAGACAAGGACCGGGAAAUGUCACAACACGAAUCCAUGAGCCAAGAGAGCGCUCUUCCUCAACAGUCCACACCUCUAAUGUGACGCCACGUUCUCAUCAGCGGCGGUGGUCAGACGACUAUUGCAGGUGUGGGAACUCGUACGUGAUAACUGUGAAGAAGAACAAGAAGGAACCGCAGCCUCCUCUGCGUGGAGUAUCCCUCCUCCGACCCCAGCCUGCAUCCCAUCAUUCAUCCAAACGCUACUCCUGCCCCCCAAUUGGGGUCUUCGGCUCAUCCUCCUCUUCCUCGUCGUCCUCCACUUCUUCCUGCUCCUCUCCUCCUCCUGUCCAGACAUCUGUCAUCACCGGCCACGACCCUCUAGGUUGGAAGCUGCGUCCAAAGAAGAGCUCCACGUCCCCCCGGGCUCGCACUAACAGGCUGUCUCUGCAGAUUCCCCUCCCGGUCAUAGUCCCUGAACCCGAAUCUAGUCCUGCUACUAACUCUCCAUCAGUCGAUGUUACUAAUCCAGACCCGCCUCGUGAAAACAAACCCCCUCCCAGACCCAAACCACCCCGACGCCGCCACUCCGACUCCUCGGCCUUCCUCAGAUCCCUGGCGACCCCUCUGCCUGCGGUGACACUCGAGGAGCUCCGCGCCGUGCACCUCCGCCCGCUCACCCUUCUGGACGAGUCUGACGACGUCUUCAGCGGGGGGGACGAAGGGGAGGCGGGGGUGACCGCUCGGCCGUGCAAAAUAUCACCACCAGUUCCAGAAAAAACUUCCAUGGCGAGACAAAUAGCACAACUGAUGGGUCACUCAUACAAACGCCGUGGGCCUGUCACAGCUAAUGAGGAAAUCAAUUACAACAGUGUUAUGAAGCCAAAGGCAAGACAUUCACACCAGACUGAAGACCUCAGCAGACUGAAUGCUAGAAUCACUGCAGGACUGCGUGUGGAUACCGGCUGUGACAGGGAGAGGUCCACGCCACGCUUCCCUGGCUGAGGAGACUGAGAGAGGAGACCUCUUCAACCUCCAACACCAGUUGUACAGAUUACGGUCCAUGGACUGUAUGACUAAUCAUGGUCUACGUUUUUCUAAAGUGUACAAGAUUGCCAGAGUUAAAGACACUUUUGUAGCCGACCUCUGACACAAAUGACUAUUAUUACAUCAGCACUGCGUUAUGUUUAACCUCUCCACCAUACAUUCCUGUUAGAUAUCUGCGGAAAUAUGAGUUUGUUAAUUGUGUGAGUUCAGGCAAGUAUUGCUUCAGGCAACCCUGUCUCCUAAAAAUGAUGUUCACUUCUCAUACAGCUAAACUGCAGUCUCAAUUAGGCUUUGAAGGAAACAUAUUUUCUCCCAAAUUACAGUUUUAAACAAGUGAUUACCAUUAAGAAUUGACACAAAGACAAACAGGCAAGGAAACUACGUAAUGAUGUUUAGUAAAAGAUCAUGUUUUGGCUUUAAAAGUGUUGUUGUUACAUAACUUAAAUUAUGUGCUUAACGUAAAAGUAAGACCAUGUUGACUUCUGGUUUCACAGUUUUUCAUUAUUGUUAGUUGAAUACAAUAUUUUCAAUAAAACUUUUUAACUGAUGGUCAAACAAAGCAAAUCAUUUUGAUACAUUACUUCGGCCUCUGGUAAGAUAUGAAUGGUGUUUGACGUUAUUUGCGAUAUCUUAUUGAUGAUUUAACCUGUUAAAAGAUGAUCACAGCCCUAAAAUGAUUGGAAUAACAGGAGUGUAGAAAUAGGAUAACUGUUUUUUAUAA